AUGAAUAAUUCAUAAAUCACUGUUUUUAAUGUCUUCUUCAGGAAGUUAGAUUUUCUUUAGAACUUCUCGUUUUAUAAGAAGCUAGAUGAAGGGAAGAAGCAAAGACUAGUUUCUGUUUGGAGAAGAGUGUUUCUGGCAUCUUAUUUUAUCGGCAUUAUGAGAUCCUUUCAGAAUAGAGUUAAGAUUUAUGGAGCAAUUAGACAAGAUGAUCAUAUGGAUUUGAUUGAGGAUGAGGUUUUUAAAUCAAAUCAAGAAGAAAAGAAGAUGAAUAAUUUAAAACAGUUUUGGAAUAUGUUAUUGAUAUUUUUAUUAUUGGCAACAGCAGUCAUUACACCAUUUAAAGUGUGCUUUAUUGAUUCUGGAAAUGAAGGAUUUUGGUUUUGGGUAGAUGUUAUAUUUGAUGUUUUGUUCUUUGCAGAUAUAAUCAUAAACUUUUUGAGUGCAUUCUAUGAUGAGGAACAGAAAAUUGUUGACAAUUAUAGAAUGAUAGCCAAAUAAUAUUUAUAUGGAUGGUUUACAGUUGAUGUUAUUGCAGUUUUACCAAUUACCUAUUUCCUCGAUGACCAGACUGAUACUGCAGCGCUUAGAUACAAUAAAUUGCUAAGAUUAAUUCGAUUGCCUCGUUUAUAUAGGUUAGUUCGUUUAUUAAAGAUUUCAAAAGCUAAUUUGAAUAUUAAAAACAAAACAUAAGCAGCCCGAAUCCUCUCUUAUUUAGGAAUCAAUGAAGGUAUCAUCAAGGGACUGAUUCUCUUGGGCAAAAUUUUAUUGAUCAAUCAUCUCAUUGCCUGCUUUUGGUAUUUCAUUGCAAAAUUUAAUGAAUUCGAUCCAAACACCUGGGUCACUUAAGCACAUCUUGAAGAUGCCACUCUCUAUAAUAAAUACAUAGCUGCUUUUGAAUGGAGUCUGUAGACUCUCACUACUGUAGGCUAUGGUGAUAUUAAGGCUACUACAAUCGAAGAAAGAGUGUUUGCUAUAAUUUGGAUGAUAUUUGGUACUGGAUUCUUUUCUUAUACUUUGGGAAAAUUGUCAUCUAUUUUGGAAAAUGUAGAUAAAAAAUGGGUUGAUUUUGAGAGAAGAAUGCAUUUGUUCAAUGAUUUCUCAGUCAGAGUUAAAUUACCUUAUGCUCUAAAAUGCAAAGUACAUAAGUACUAUAGAAAUAACUAUCUAAAAAAUGUGUAUUCAUCUCUCGAACCUAAAAAGUUGAUAUAGGAACUACCAUCAUAAAUUCGUAAUGAAUUGUUGAUGAUUUGUUAUAAAUAUUUGAUUGAUAGUGUCUCAUUACUUAAGAUCGAUAAGAAUUUCACAGCUACUAUUUUACCUCAUCUCAAUUUCUUAGAAGUCCAUCCUGGAGAAAUCAUAUACAGACAGGAUGAUCCUCCAACCGACAUAUAUUUUAUCGAAAAAGGGAAAGUCAAUUUUGUUACUCAUGACAAAUAUACUUUAAUUACCCUUUUGGAAGCCUCAUUUUUUGGUGAAAUAGAAGCAUUUGAAGACAUUAAUAGAGAGUAUUUUGCCAUAGCCAAAGAACCUACUAAUUUAUUCUUCUGUUCAUAUGAUAUUUUUAGAAAUCUCCUGAAGGAAUUUCCUACAGUGGCUUCUGAAGUCAAGAUCAUUUACGAUAAAAGAAAAUCAAAAUAUAAAACUUGCUUAUAUAUGAUUGAAUUGUAAAGAAAACGAAAUUCUGGAUCUGACCCCAAAGAAGAAUUACAAAACAGUACUUAGUAUUAUUUAGGGCUAAUUGCUCAAUAUGAAGAGGAGUAGAAUAAAAUGAACUCAACUAAAGGUUUGGUUAACACAAAGAAGAAAAGUGUGCUCGAUUAAUUUUCUUUUAAAAAGAAAUAAUAAAAAAUGUCUGUGUUUCAAACACUGAAAUGA